AUGGCGGCGGAUGUUCAUUCACCAACUGUUCUUGUCCGUGACUGCAGAAUCAGUGACUACACCAUAUCUCAGGAAGGUAAUAUGCCAGCCAUUUUCUUCGGUAAUUCAGGAUCAACAUCAUGCGCAGUUAGGUCGGUGGAAAGCUGUUCCACUUCACCUGAUUCACAAGAUUUCGCGCCCCACACAAUAGAAUUUCAACGGAAAGUGGGGCAUCCAUCACAUUUAUUCAGCUUUCCAAUGAAUACGACAAAUCAGAAUUCAGGACCCUAUUGUGAAUCCAUAUAUCUUCCCAAAUGUUGCACCGAACUCUGUACAGAAACGUUGACUUGCCAGGAUGCUACGCGAGCUACGUUAUUCAGACCAAACAGACUGUCAUCGGUGGUCACAUCACAAAUACCGUUUAACGCUUAUGGAACUCCAGGUCUGGAAACAAGUGGAGAGCUGAAUGAAUAUAGCAGAUCGGAGAUGUAUUGGCGGUUUGCUGAACGUCAUAAGCAGUACGAUCGAUCCGUUAAGGAGGACAUUUCCGAGCAUUCGCACCGCAGUGACAGCCCAAUGGCUGGUUCGGAACUGACGGAGAACCAGGAAAUUUACGGUACCAGUGUGGACACUGGUCAUGAAUGUGGACUUGAAUCGGUGUCGCAUUACCCCGCUUCAAGCACCUGUCAAAGCUCUUCUUUUUCAAUGCACAGUUCCUGGCCCCCUUCGCUUAGCUGCUCGUCAGCAGAGACCGCAAGUCAUGCUAUUCGUGCGCAGUUAUUCCAGGAAACCGACCCGGGUAUACCGUCGGGUCGUCAUAUCCUCCCCUUCUCCGGUCCUGAAACCUUUGCAUCCCUCAGGUUGGGCAAUGCAAACAUAGUCGGCAGUCAUGGCCAGGAAACUAGUCUUGAUGACCAUGAGGUGAUCCAGCUUAAAAAUGAUCAUAUUGUCGUGCCUACUGAAGUCAGCCCCACACUACAGAAGGACUUUCUACGGCUAACGGCGCCACUUCUGAAACAUCAUUUAACCUCAAUCGAACAGCACGCAUCCGAUAACCUGGAUUUCGCUGAUGAUGCCACCCAUCUCCGUCGUGUUACCGAAGGAAGUGGGACGUCUACGCUAGACAACUGUGAUGAAUUACAUUCCUGUGCUGAUUCUAUACGGGAGCACGGUUUUCAAGCCUGUGGUCCACAGUCUCGGUUUGCCUUCGCAGGUCGCUGUUGGGAAAAUAACAGUCCGCAUUCAACUGUCUCUACAGAUAUAAUCAAUAAAGUGGAUGAACCUGUCAUAAAUACGAAAGACAAACUCACAUCAGACGCAGCUGCGAUGGCCGCAACGGUGCUUGCCUGUGCUAAACAAAAACGUCAUCGCACCCGCUUCACUCCUAUACAGCUGACGGAAUUGGAGAGAGCGUUCUCUAAAACACAUUAUCCUGAUAUUUUUAUGAGAGAGGAACUGGCUUUGCGUGUUGGCUUAACGGAAUCAAGGGUGCAAGUCUGGUUCCAGAAUCGCCGAGCGAAGUGGAAAAAGCGCAAGAGAAGUGGAACGAACCAAUAUCGAACUGGUAGCAGUAUAAAAUCCAUCACAUCAUCAUUACUCUGUCAAAACCGCCUGAUUUCAGGAAGUGACAGAUCGUCCAACAUUUUCACGAAUCCACUGAACUCUUUACCGGUUACAGCGGAUACCAGCGGUCUAGGAAUUCGUGCUGCCAGUGAUCUAUACACACCAUUCACACAAGGUUUUACCGGAGCUCAGUGGGUCCCAAACCACUGUCAUUCAUCCCAGCAUUAUCGUCUUCCGGGUACCGAUGUAUACUCUACUCCGAUGAACCUUGUGGAAACAACGCCGUUAAUACCAUCUUUUGAUCAGCUUGUUCAGUAUGGGUUACAGUCCGUCGAUUCCCAGAGACAUUCUACACUGCCCUUGACAAUGAACGGACAACAGAGCAACUCCGUACCCAUAUUGCACUUCCCAACGGCGCCUACCAUGGAAGGAUGGCAGGAGCACAUCGGUUCCUUUCUCACCGAACAGUUGCGCUCACAUGGGACCUCGUAUUCUCCGCAGAGAUUGCAUCCAUUUAGCCCAUGCGUUGAAUCGGUAUCGCAAGAAGUUCCAAUAUAUGCAGACACAGUGUUCUCUACGACGAAUGAUGAGACGAACAUGGGACAUUCAAAAAUUGCUGGUCCGCCACUGGCAGCCAACUGUCAAGAGAACGCUGCUCCCCUCCUCACUUUUCCCACACAGAUCUCUGUAUCAGAUCAUCUUACUUUGGGAAUGGUAAGCCGUUCGCACCGUCAGGCAGAGAUUUCCCACCUGACCCGAUAA